CACAUAAUUACACCAUAAUCAUUAUAUAAUCCCAUAACAAAGAGUCUAUUGAAACUGUGCCUUUUGUCAACGCCGGGACACUGAAUCUAUAAUUGCAUUAUUCAGCUCCUACCACCCCCAUAUAGAACCAUAACAUAUCAAACCAUCCUGGUGGGAACAUGUAGGAGCGUGAACAGUCGGACAGUGCAUCUACGUCCUACCGCAAAAGUUAGGCAAAAAGUUUAGUCUUCGUCGAAAAAAAUUAUGUUCCCAUGUUACUUGGAACCGUUAAGUGAGCGCGAUUAAUAUUUGACUUUUCUUAUUCUGUUUGAGUAGUACGCCGUGCCCUUGUUCACCUGCUCAGUGGUUUUAAAUAUCAUAUUUAUCCCACUAAUAAAUGUGCUUAAUUCGUAUGGCUUCAAAAUGCUCUCCCAUGCAAGGUGUUAGAAUAAACCCGGUUCGUCAGAGCGCCUGAAAAAAAAAGAAAAAAAAAACUCUCUCAGGACCAGUUUGCGUUUGUAUGCAUUCGAUUGGCAACAUAACUGGCUUAUUUACAUUAAAUACGCCACAAGGUUACAGUGCAGAUGAACGUCAUUUUAUCACUGAUUACUUCUCUUAAGCACUAGCGGUGACUGAUGCUCAGGACGCUCACACUACACAGAUUUACACUGGAGUUUUUUGAGAAGAAAACACUUGAAAUAGUUCACAGAAAAGGCCCCGCCCCCCCUGCAAUCCUGCCCGCGUUCUUCCUGAGCUACGUCGUCAAGGCGGCAGUCCUGCAGGACAGAGACACAUCUCUCCAGGUCGGCGGUCAUUGCUGUUUGCUGUAGCGACUCAGUGGCAGUGACUGCCCGGGUCUCCUCGAACCAGCCAAGCAGACUUCAGACCAGCAUGCAGUUAGGGCGUUAAGGAUGGAGGACUCGAGUUUGUGCCUUGGUGUGUCUUCAGCAGUCUCGGACUCUGACAGAGACCGUCUGAGCAACGCAGUACUAAAUGGCCGAUAUCCCAUCAGUCAGAAGCUCCACCAGCUGACAGCCCAGCUGGGUCACGCCUUCCCCGACCUACAGAGCCGACAGCAGAUCCCUGAGGAGAAAGCUGCCACACCAUUGGAUGAGAAGACCCACGCUGCCCUGGCCAGUCAACCGAUCAGCAGUCAGAUGGCGCUGCUCGCCAACCAGAUCAACCGGGACAUUGAUGCAGGUGCCCUGGCCAACUUAAACGGACGCGUGGACCUCCAGCAAUUCCUCAACGGGCAGAACCUGGGCAUCAUGUCUCAGAUGAACGACAUCGAGGACGAUGCCCGGAAGAACAGGAAGUAUCCGUGCCCGUUGUGCGGCAAGCGUUUCCGCUUCAACAGCAUACUCUCGCUGCACAUGCGCACUCACACGGGUGAGAAGCCCUUCAAGUGCCCCUACUGCGACCAUCGAGCGGCACAGAAGGGCAACCUCAAAAUCCACCUGCGCACCCACAAGCUGGGUAACCUCGGCAAGGGGCGCGGCCGCGUCCGCGAGGAGAACCGUCUUCUGCACGAGCUGGAGGAGAGGGCUAUCCUGAGGGACAAGCAGAUUAGGAGCAGUGGUAGCCUCCUCCAGCCGGCCCAACCCAUGCUCCACCAGCACCUGGGCCCGCAGACUCAGCAGCAGCAACAGCAGCCCGGCUCUGCCUGUGGCCUCCUCACCCCCACCAGCCUGGGCACUCCGGACUCCCUCUCCCAGCCGUCGUCUUCCCCGAAGCCGGCCGUCGCCCAGGACGACCAGGCCCUGAACCCGCCCGCCGGCUUCCGCUGCACCUUCUGCAAGGGCAAGUUCAAGAAACGCGAGGAGCUGGACCGUCACAUCCGCAUCCUGCACAAGCCCUACAAGUGCACCUUGUGUGAGUUUGCCGCCUCGCAGGAGGAAGACCUGAUCAGCCACGUGGAGAAAGCCCACAUCACGGCAGAGUCGGCCGCGGGUCAGGGGGCGGCCGGGGGUGCGGAGAAGACUGCCAGCGAGUUCCGGUGCGAGGUGUGCGGCCAGGUCUUCAGCCAAGCCUGGUUCCUCAAGGGUCACAUGCGCAAGCACAAGGACUCGUUUGAACACAUCUGCCAGAUCUGCGGUCGUCGCUUCAAGGAGCCCUGGUUCCUCAAGAACCACAUGAAAGUCCAUCUUAACAAGCUGGCCAUCAAGAGCAAGCCCCCAGUAGAGGACAUCAAUGCGGUCAAUAACAUGAACAGCGUUGCCCAGGAGGCCCACGCUAACCUCUACUCGCGCUACAUCUCUUGCCUGCAGGGCGGCUUCUUAUCCCCGGACAAGCAGGGUCUGAGCGAGCAACAUCAGAUGCUUGCAAAAGCCGGAAUCGCCAUGAAGGAGAAGGAGAUGCUUGGGAAGCUCCUGGGCCCCAUGGCAGGGAUGGGUCAUGGACUUGGUGAGGGGGAGAAGCGCUCUCUUCUGGGCUGCCUCAACCUGGUACCGCCACUCAAGUCCAGCUGCAUGGAACGUCUCCAGGCUGCCGCCAAGGUGGCUGAGAUGGACCCGCUGAACAGCUACCAAGCCUGGCAGAUUAUGGCACGGGGCAUGGCCAUGGACCGCGCCUUCAUGCCCAAGGAGCAGCACCACGAGCAGCAGCAGCACGAGGAGAUGGUCAACGCUGCCGGUGUGGCCUUCGCAAAAGAGAAGAACGACUACCACACGAUGGGCACCAACGACGGCGCCAAGCAGAGGCAGCACAGCGAGGCUCUGCACGGCUCCAAGGCUGGCAGCGGAGCCAUGAUGCCCCUGAAAGACGACGGGGUGGGUUUCGACGGCCACCGGGACUUCAUGCCCCAUCACGGUGGCCACGGCCUGGGGCUCGGCCUCGACUACAACCACCUGAGUAGCCUGAAGGAGAAGCCCACGGAGUGUCCCGACUGUGGCCGGGUCUUCAGGACCUACCACCAGAUGGUGGUCCACUCCAGGGUGCACAACAAGGAGCGGAGGCCCAUGGAUGAAGCCAUCCAGCAGCAGCAGCAACAGCACAACACCGCGGGCCUGGAUGAGCGGCGUGGCUCGGCCAGCGACCCGGAGUCCCAGUCUAUCAGCAGGUCCACCACCCCUGGGUCCUCCAAUGUGACAGAGGAAAGCGGAGCUGGGGGAGCCCACUCCCAGACGGGCAGUGUCCAAGACGACAGCCCACACCCGUCUUCCCCAUCCUCUGAUGUCGGGGAUGACCUGGUGAAAACGGCGGGGAGUGUUCAGCAGGCCCCGUCCCAGCACCGGGACAGAAGCCUGGGUUCGGCCAUCAAGGACUGCCCCUACUGUGGGAAGACAUUCCGAACCUCGCACCACCUCAAAGUUCACCUGCGGAUACACACAGGAGAGAAACCCUACAGAUGCCCUCACUGCGACUAUGCGGGCACCCAGUCGGCCUCGCUGAAGUACCACCUGGAGCGCCACCACCGGGAGAGGCAGAACGGCGGGGGUCCGUCUGGACAUGCCCCCCCCUCCGAGCACAAGGAGGAACAUGGCAAGGGCGCUGUGUUCGCCCGUCCCGAUGUCCUCCGCAGCUUCUUUAAGGGCAUGCCCUCUAGCCUGGACUUCAGGGGGGGGCCUUUGCAUCCCCACCAGUGGGCGCCUCCGGGCGUCAUGUCCCCCAGGGAGCGCGAACGUGAGAGGGACAGAGAGCGGGAGCGCCACGGCCUGGGGUCCGACAACCCCUCCGAAAGCAUGAAGAGCCCUGAGGGACCCCCGGCUGCAGACGGGCCGGCUAGCUUCAGUGACCUAGGCCGGGCAUACCAGAGCAUGGUGGGAAACGGGGUCAACUUCCAGGGCUCCCUGCAGGCAUUCAUGGACAGCUUUGUCCUCAGCUCCCUCAAGAAGGAGAAGGAGAUGCGAGAGAGCCACCUGCAGACACAACAUUACUUCGAAAGCGGCGAGCCCAAAGCCAAGAGGGCCGACGCUGGCGAGGAAAAGGCAGAGGCGAAGCCCCCGGCAGGCAAACCUGGGUCUCAAUACGAGCCCCUGGACCUGUCCGUCAACGUGAAGCCUGAGACAGGCUCCCUGCCUGGCUCUUCGGUCACCAUCCAGGACAAUGUGGCAUGGCACGGCUGCCUCUUCUGCUCCUUCAGCACGGCCUCAGUGGAGCUGAUGGCGCUCCACCUGCAAGCCAAUCACCUCGGCAAGGCCAGGCAACACAAGGAGGGCAAGGGAGAGCCCUCCCACUCCCUCAAGGUCAACCCAGGCCUGGCCCAUCUCCACGACAGAGACGUUGACAGAGAGGGCGAGAAGAGCCAAUCGGCCUGGCCCAAUCACCUGGAGUCCCAUGCCACCAUGGGAGCCUUCCAGAGUGACUUCUACAAGCAGUAUGGAGUCAUGUACGAUGGCUCCCCAAGGAACCCCGGCCUCCAGGGGUUCGGCGCAACAUGCCCUGACCCAGCCCUGGAGCACCAGAGCCGAGCCAGAGAAGCAGCUGGCGAUGAGCUCUCCGACAAGGCCUCGUGUGGCGAGCCGGAGGAACAGGGUCAAUCCGAUGAUGAGGAAGGCCAAGCCGCUGAGCGAGGCCACGGUGCCGAGCCUGACCAGCCUGAGAGACAGCCGGCCCACUCUGACGAGGAGGAGGAAGAGGAUGAGGAGGACGAGGAUGAGAUGGAGCGAGAGGACGAGGAGGGCGCCACCGAUCGAAUUUCGAAGCAGAUGCAGGCUGAGGGCCCGGCUAGAGAGGCUCAGCGAGCGGGGGCCUCAGCGGGCCCCGGGGCCCCUCCCCAGCCACUUCCCCCGCCCCUGGAGAAGCAGUGGCAGCAGGGUUUGGGUCUCCUUUCAUGUGGCGGCGGUCCCCCAGGGCUGCUGAAGCCGGAACAGGCCCAUCUCGAGCACCAGAUGAACAUGCUGUCCGUCCUAAGGGCCUACAGCUCGGAGAACCUCGCAGCGUUCAACGGCCUUGGAAGCGGCUCCAGCAGUGGCAUCAAGAGAGCGGAGGCACACGUUCAUCUGUGGGUAGGAGAGGACGAAGGCCAUGGAACACUGGGCCCCGCGCUGACCCUCGACCCUAACCUCGCGCAGCCUAACCUAGCUGAUACUGAGACGCACGACGCAGCCUCUCUUAACAGAGACUAACGCCUGCCCCGAGCGCCUCCCGCCCGACCGACCAACCGGAGCCAGGCAGGAACAAUGACGAUGAUGAAGGAAACACGCUAUAUCGAAGACUCUAUUUAAAACAUGCUACCAUCAAACAAGUCAUUCAAAGUGAACUAUGAAGGUGUGUUUGUUUCUUGUCUGAGCGUUUUACCUGAGGAUGGAGAGGAGACUGAAAGACACAGACCUGCUGAUACGCCACUGGAAGACAGACAGACAGCGACAUGAACCAUUCUGUUUCCUGUCCGCUCCCUCUCCCCUCGUGGAUGACUCCAGCCGCUCUGUCUUCUUCCUGUCUCUGAUUGGAUGAUUUAAAUUAAACUACCUGCUAAAUGACAGUCCCUAACACGCCCCUACUGCUACACAUUCCUUGAUUCCAAGAUGGCAUCCAUCCUUGUUGACAAAAAAGAGGCACAAAUCAUUUUCCGACUGAACUGUCGUGCUGGCUCGUGCUUCACUUGUACAACAUACUCUCUCUCCUAUCAGGCCGGUAGAGAAAGGUAUUCACUGACCCCCCCCCUCCCGCAUCACAAUAAUGGUAUUGUCUAAAGACUGUACCAUUCACAACCCUCUUUGGACUGUACCAUUCACACUCCUGUCUGGAUUGUAACAUUUUGCACCCCACUCUGGACUGUACCAUUAACACCCCACUUUGGACUUUACCAUGUACACUCAACUCUGGACUGUACCAUUCAUACUCCAGUCUGGAACGUACAAGUCACAACCCUCUUUGGACUGUACCAUUCACACUUCCGUCUGGACUGUACCAUUGCCUCCUUUUGACCCGACCGAACCUCUUUGGAGACUCAGCACACUUUUUGCCAAGUCAAUUUUACUAGCUUUUUUCCAUCCUGUUUUAGGGCCCAAUUCGCUGUUUGGCUAAAACAAGCUAACAAGGAGAAGAAAGAGAAAAGCACCAAACAAAAACUGAAUGAUGACAUACUUUGACAAUCUUUUCCUGUGCUAGCUAACUGAGAGAGGGACCAGUAUUUCUCAGAUUACAUUGUGGGUGUCAGUAGACGCUAAAACGAAGGACCGAAAGCCUGACCAUAGAAGCCUAAAGUGGGAUGGACGGAUGACUGAGGUUCCUUGCCCCACCCCCUCCCCAAACUGGACUAAGUCCUGGCUCAAGCUUGGGUUUCUCACAUCUUCGCUCUACACCACGGAGCCUGUAGAUGCUCAGAUCUAAAUGUAUAAAGAGAGAAAUAGCAACAACAGUGGGAAAAAAAAAUAUAACAUUGUUUGUGAAAGAGCAAAAAGCAUUGAAGUGACAGUAAUGACUAGUUUACACAACCUUGUGCAUUAGAUAGACAUAGAGCUUGAAGAGAAGAAAAAACAGCCGGGGGUCCCCCUCCCCUUCAUCUCUCCUAUUGACUUCAAGGACUAUAGUGCUGCAGAUGUUUGUAAGAUACUGCCACCAAUCAAUGUUUCAAAGUGUUACUGACUACUGAAAUGGUUUGAUGUAUUUACUUUAAAAAAAGAUGAAAAAAAACUGGAAAAAACACAUAUUGUCUAGCAUUAGAUACAGUCAUGCGUUGUUGCAUCUAUAAAGCUAGCUGUUUUAGAUGGUAGGCCUUAGGGUUGAUAUUUUUUUUCAAGUACUGUACUUUCUGCCUUCUACAUUUUAAAGAAAAAAAGAAAAAGAUUGACAAUCUACUCAUGUGCUGCAAACAUAUGCCCAUAUAUACAUAAUACAUUAAGCAUAGAAGGAUUUCAUUUUUUUUUUCUCUCAAAAGUAUUUUGCACUGUGAUAGUAUUAUAAAUCAAAUCUAUACAGUACAAAACUAGCUAACUAACUAAAAUGAAGGUGUGUGUCUGUGCGUCCCUUGACAUUGUGAAAUGUUUCUAUGUCCUCUUGUGAACCCUGAGAAUUAUACUGCGGUAUGUACAGUGCAAAUAUAUACAUUUUCAGUUUGAUGGACUACAGUACAUGACUUUGACAAAAUGUUACCAGAAUUUGUUUUUUGGUGCCAACCCAAGGCACGUCAGUCACUAGUGUGGUCCUGUCUAAAGCGGCAAUGAUCAAUGCCUAAAUUCCACAAGAGGUUGAAAUUCCUCUCCACAGAAAGCAUUGUCUGUUUUUAAAUGAGCUUUUCUAGCCUUUAGUCAAUGAAUUCUCCCAAUUCCAAAAUACAGUGACAAAAAAAGUAUGGGAAAUGGAAACUAAAAGUGAUGUUGUAGGGAAUUUAACAGGGUGCUGAGAAGUAGACUGUGGGACUAGGUCUGAGUUAACCAAUCAGAGGGCCUGGUCGGUCCCGUAGCGACGGCCUCUGUCCCGUCUCUGUCGUGUGGUUGUUAACCUGAGAGGGGAUACUAUUUCCUGUCUGGCUCGUUGUGAACCAGUAUGAUCAUUCCAUGUACGAACCUGUCUUGUGAGCUGAAAACUUUUCGUUUGCUGUAUUCUCAUGGCAGAUGCUUCGUUUUGUAACUACUGAACUGUACUUAUAAUAAAAAUAAAAUGUAUUCGAACUA